UUCUCCGGCACUUUUCCCGGGUCUCCUUCUGGAUGUAGACGGUGUCGGAGCCCACCGAGUCCAAAACCACCCAGCACCGCCGCGAAGAGUCUUAAUUCACCGGGUCCGAAGCACCAGGAAAGGGGAGGUGACUCUGAGCGCCCCUCCUUAAACGCUCUUUUUCUGGAUCCGGUUGGUUUUCCUCUCCAGGACCAGAGUCUGGUCUCCCUGAAAGCAGCCUCUGUUGAAGGAACUGGUUUAACCAUUUGGACGCAGAGCAGCCCGGAGCUCCUCCGCCUCCCUCCACCUCCCUCCCUGCCACACGGUCAGUCGGAGGUUCCUCCACCCUUAUCGCCCUGUUGGGAGAUGGACCAGCUGCUCUGAGGACGUUUCCACGCGGUUCGGAAUCGGUAGCAGGACGUGAUUUGGACCAAGACUCUCCUGUUGAAGUGUGAAGCCAGAGCAACAUGUUUACUUCCUUGUUUCCAUAGUGACCAGAGGGAGCAUGCUAAUCCACGCCUGAAUCUAAACUCAAAGAGUUUCCACCAGCCGCCUCGAGUGGGGGGGGAAGACACAGCAACGAAGUCCCUUCACCUGACGGCAGCGUCCGUACCCAGAGCCCCUCAGCAGAGACAAUCACAGGAACUCAGCUGCACAAGAAGGCGCCAACAUGGCCAAUAACACGGCCGACCACCCGCCGGGGAACUCAGUGGCUGAGGGCGGCCAUGACGGAGACUUUGGGAUCUCCAUGGAUGAACUGAAGGACCUCAUGGAGCUCAGGAGCGCAGAGGCCGUCAACAAGAUCCAAGACUGUUACGGAGAUGUGCAGACUGUCUGUCGCAGGCUCAAAACGUCACCGAUCGAAGGUUUGUCAGGAAAUCCGACUGAUUUGGAAAAACGUCACGCUGCGUUCGGGAAAAACUUCAUCCCUCCAAAAAAGGCUAAGACCUUCCUGCAGCUGGUGUGGGAGGCGCUUCAAGACGUAACACUAAUUAUCCUAGAAAUCGCCGCCAUCAUCUCACUGGGCCUGUCCUUCUACCAUCCACCAGGGGGCAACGCUGAAGCAUGUGGCCAGGCGGCCGGCGGCGUGGAGGACGAGGGAGAAGCCCAGGCUGGCUGGAUCGAAGGCGCCGCCAUCUUGUUCUCGGUGGUCAUCGUGGUCCUGGUGACGGCUUUCAACGACUGGUCCAAAGAAAAACAGUUCCGCGGGCUUCAGAGCCGCAUCGAACAAGAACAGAAGUUCACGGUCAUCCGCAAAGGUCAGGUGAUCCAGAUCCCUGUGGCCGAGAUCGUGGUGGGAGACAUCGCUCAGAUCAAAUACGGAGACCUGCUGCCAGCUGAUGGCAUCCUCAUCCAAGGCAACGACCUGAAGCUGGAUGAGAGCUCCCUGACCGGAGAGUCGGAUCAGGUCCGCAAAUCUCUGAACAAGGACCCCAUGUUGCUGUCUGGGACUCAUGUGAUGGAAGGUUCUGGUAGGAUGGUGGUGUCGGCCGUCGGACUCAACUCCCAAACCGGCAUCAUUUUCAGCCUGCUGGGCUCCAGCGAGCACGACGAUGAAAAGAAAGUCAAAAAAGGUAAAAAACAAGGACCCCCCGAAAAUCGCAACAAAGCCAAAACUCAGGACGGCAUCGCGCUGGAGAUCCAGCCGCUGAAGAGCGAGGAGGCCACCGAGUCGGAGGAGAAGGAGGAGGUCAAACAGGUGAAGAAGGUCAAUGUGACCAAGAAGGAGAAGUCCGUGCUGCAAGGAAAACUGACCAGACUGGCUGUCCAGAUCGGGAAGGCAGGUCUGUUCAUGUCGGCUCUCACCGUCAUCAUCCUCAUCCUCUACUUUGUGAUCUACACCUUUGGGAUCCAAGGCCUCAGCUGGUUACCGGAGUGCACGCCCAUUUACAUCCAGUAUUUCGUCAAGUUCUUCAUCAUCGGCGUGACGGUGCUGGUGGUGGCCGUCCCCGAAGGGUUGCCGCUCGCCGUCACCAUCUCCCUGGCUUACUCUGUCAAGAAAAUGAUGAAGGACAACAACCUGGUGCGCCACCUCGACGCCUGCGAGACCAUGGGCAACGCCACCGCUAUCUGCUCGGACAAGACUGGGACGCUGACCAUGAACCGCAUGACGGUGGUGCAGGCGUACAUCGGAGACACGCAUCACAAAACCGUCCCGGAACCGGACGUCAUUAACCCGGGAACGCUGGAUAUCCUGGUCAACAGCAUCUCCGUCAACUCUGCGUACACCACCAAGAUUCUGCCUCCGGAGAAGGAAGGAGGGCUGCCGCGCCAUGUUGGCAACAAGACGGAGUGCGCCUUGCUGGGCCUGGUUCUGGGCCUGAAGCGGGAGUACCAGCCAAUCAGAGACGAGAUCCCAGAGGAGAAAAUGUACAAGGUUUAUACAUUCAACUCGUCCCGCAAGUCCAUGAGCACGGUGCUGCAGAAUCCUGACGGAGGCUUCCGCAUGUACAGCAAAGGAGCCUCUGAAAUCAUCCUGAGGAAGUGCUCCCGGAUCCUGGAUGCCCAAGGUCAGCCCCGCGUCUUCAAGGUAAAGGACCGCGACGAGAUGGUGAGGAAGGUGAUCGAGCCCAUGGCGUGCGACGGGCUGAGGACCAUCUGCGUGGCUUACAGGGAUUUCCCCGCUGAAGCCGGAGAACCGAACUGGGACAACGAGAACGAAAUCCUGAACGACCUGACCUGCAUCACUGUGGUGGGCAUCGAGGACCCUGUCAGACCGGAGGUACCUGCGGCUAUCUCUAAGUGCCAGCGUGCAGGAAUCACCGUGCGUAUGGUGACAGGAGACAACAUCAACACUGCCCGCGCCAUCGCCACCAAGUGCGGCAUCCUUCUGCCAGGAGAGGACUUCAUUUGUCUGGAGGGCAAAGAGUUCAACCAGCAGAUCCGAAACGACAAAGGAGAGGUUGAACAAGAACGUCUGGACAAGGUUUGGCCCAAACUGCGAGUUCUGGCUCGGUCGUCGCCGACAGACAAACACACUCUGGUUAAAGGCAUCAUCGACAGCACGGUGGGAGAAACACGACAGGUGGUGGCGGUGACUGGAGACGGCACUAACGACGGCCCCGCCCUCAAGAAAGCUGAUGUUGGCUUCGCCAUGGGAAUCGCAGGCACUGACGUGGCUAAAGAGGCGUCUGACAUCAUCCUCACUGACGAUAACUUCACCAGCAUCGUCAAGGCCGUCAUGUGGGGGAGGAACGUCUAUGACAGCAUCUCCAAGUUCCUCCAGUUCCAGCUGACCGUCAACGUGGUGGCGGUGAUCGUGGCGUUCACCGGCGCCUGCAUCACCCAGGACUCGCCUCUAAAAGCCGUGCAGAUGCUCUGGGUCAACCUCAUCAUGGACACGCUGGCCUCCCUCGCCCUGGCCACCGAGCCGCCCACAGAGUCGCUGCUUCUACGCAAACCCUACGGCCGAGACAAGCCGCUCAUCUCCCGAACCAUGAUGAAGAACAUCCUGGGCCACGCCGUGUUCCAGCUCAUCAUCAUCUUCACUCUGCUGUUUGCAGGAGAAAACUUUUUCGACAUCGACUCUGGCCGUAACACUCCUCUGCACUCCCCGCCAUCGGAGCACUACACCAUCGUCUUCAACGUGUUUGUGAUGAUGCAGCUCUUCAACGAGAUCAACGCCAGGAAGAUCCACGGCGAGAGGAACGUCUUUGAGGGCGUCUACAGAAACCCCAUCUUCUGCAGCGUGGUCCUGGGCACCUUCGCGCUGCAGAUCAUCAUCGUUCAGUUUGGAGGGAAGCCGUUCUCCUGCUCUCCUCUGACCAUCGACCAGUGGCUGUGGUGUGUGUUCAUCGGGAUGGGCGAGCUGCUGUGGGGACAGCUGAUCUCAGCCAUCCCGACCCACCACCUGAAGUUCCUGAAGGAGGCGGGCCACGGCAUCACAAAAGAAGAGAUCCACAAGGAGGAGAUGACCGAGGACACGGAUGAGAUCGACCACGCCGAGAUGGAGCUAAGGAGAGGCCAGAUCCUCUGGUUCAGAGGUCUGAACAGGAUCCAGACUCAGAUGGAUGUGGUCUAUACCUUCCAGACGGGCCAGGCGCCGGUGCCCGGUGCCCUGCGCCGCCAGCCGUCCGUCGUCAGCCAACACAAUGAUAUUAAGGUGGUGAACGCGUUCCGUAGCUCCCUCUUUGAGAUGGAGAGUCCACAUUCCCGUAGCUCCAUCCAUAGUUUCAUGGCCCAUCCUGAGUUUGUGCCUCAGUCGGCGGAGGAGGCUCGGAUCAGCUUGAUCGAGGAGUCAGGAGAGGAGAUCGAGGAGAUCGAGCCCCUUCCCUGAUUCUCAGCUGCCGGCGAAGGAGAAGCACCCGGCAGCAAGUUCACCAUCUGAGCUCCUCCUCCUUUCCCUCCUCUUCAUCACCUUCAGUCACCCAGCAGCUGGAUUGUCACUCCGAGGAGGGGAGUCACCCCUCGGCUCAUCCUCUCAUCCCGCACAUCCACGCCCUGCACUGUUUUCCAUCCUGACUGUGAUGUUGUUCAGUUUUGCUCCUCCAUCACCUCCAUCCCAUCAGCUAAGGGUGGAGUCUCCUCAUCAGGAUCACCUGUUUAACCUUAAAACUCGCUCGUAGGAAUCUUCCUCCCUUUUCACCUCUGCAUGCUGUGGUGCAUUGUGGGAAGGCAGUUUGUUUGGGUUCCCAACACGCCGCUACACGGCAGCAUCCAGAGCAGGCCCGCUCUACUUCCCUCUGUUCCAGUUUAUCCAGUAAACGAUGCAUGUUUCAAUUAAUUGUCGUUGAGUCGCAUGAUGACCUGUGAGUUCAGCUGUUUGGAAAACCGUCUCUGUUCAGAGCUCCAUCAACUUCCUGUCUGUCCCCAUUAAGGAAACAUCAGGCUGUAGAGCACACAGGCCACGCCCCCCACGCUCCUCCAGUCGCUUCACUACCGUCUCCUUUAACAACACUAACACUUUUCCACCGCUCCUCUCCAACACUGCAUGAGCAGAACCGCGGUCUGAGCUGGACCGGGUCAAACAAAGCUAAAAACAUCAGAAUCGGACCUUAAACCUGAGCACCAGCGUCCCGCUCGUCGUUCUGCCCGGAACCCGGUUUUCCUGGUGAUGGCAGCGUGGACAGACACUAGCCUACUGCAGCUCUGAUCCGUUUUGUUUUGUUAGAGCAGGAAGUUCGCUCCUAUAAACAGGAAGUGGAGCCGUGAACAGAGUCCGGAGGAGGAGCCCGGCUGCAGGCGGCAAACCGCUCGCAGCUCCAGAUUGUCGUUUAAACCCGGCCGCGAGGCGUCGGUUCUGCGUCCGCAGCCCGGCGCUCCUCCAUCGUCUGCCGUCGUUUCCCUUCCUUUGUUCGUCUAAUUCCCGAUGAGCUGUCAGUGACAUCACACGGCCAGCGGCGGAGACGGCGUCAGCUCAUCGCCGUCACAACGCCGCUCCGCCCCACUGUGUCGGGCAGGCGUCAGUGUGGAGGUCACGCUGCGGUUUAUAGGAGACUGAUGAUGUCACCAGUCGGCCUGUAGAGUUGAAUCCACUGUGUCCCCCCCCUCCCCCCGGCGGCCAUCAGCCUCUCCUGACUGAAGCGGUUCGCUACUACUGCCAUAUUUUCCAUGACUCAGUUUAAUCUUCCCCCUCGAGCUUUUUCUAAGUACUCAGAGCCAUAUUUUAUAGGAUGUUGUUUUCAGUCAUUGCGGAACCCCCCACCCCACCCCCCAAAAUCACCCCCCCCCC